AUGCCCAAUACGAAACUGGGUAGAAGAGGCCGGUCUAAGACCAAGAAGCUAUGUCUAUCGUCAGAUCCGCAGACAACGACGUCAGAAUCGAGCAGUUCCAAAAACCACCCGCAGUCUUCUGGAACGCCUCGCGGUGCUUAUCAAUCGAAGUGGAUGGCAUCGGAUCACCAACUUAAUUCCACGCAAAUUCCAAUGCAGACUUCCAGUUCUUCUUCCCAUGCCCAAGUACAAACGCCAAAUAGAAUUACGCCAGGACGCAAAACUCCAGGGGAUGGUGUUACCAGCCGGAAAAAACUUAACAGAAUAAAGUCCCUUUCCAAGAUAGAGAUCAGAUCUCCGAUAGUGAGAAAGAAAACCUCGAGCUUCGGUAAGCAAACUGCACGCACAGCCGACAAUACUCCGUCACACACUCCUUUGCUUGGGCCAUUGGACUUGCACGAGGCAGAGUCACUCCGUACUAUUAAUACGAACCCAUCGCUUUCUUCGAGACUUAUGGGGAUUGUCCUCCCAGAAUCGUUCUACACGUUAAGAAAUUACUAUAACGAUUUCACUACCAUUGACUGGGUUCAGGCGUUCAUUGCCACCAACAGAUUCAAUUAUGAAGUUCUGCAAAGGAAUUGGAUAGUGGAUUACGACGACACAGAGUCAUUUUCCGAAGCCAGAGCUCCUCCAAUUAGACUGAAAAUCCCCUUCUACUAUAAGGCGUACUUAGUCUUGGGUAAAUGGGCGUUGAUUGUCAUUAUUGGAUUUUUAUUCUCGUUAAUUGCAUUUUUUAUAGAUAAGAUAGAAAUCCUCUUGGUCGGGUUCAAACAUGGCUAUUGUAAAAGUAAUUGGUUUGCCAGUCAAAUCUCAUGUUGCAUUUCCCCUGAUUUGAAAGACAAAUCUCUUAAGACUGUCUAUAUGAAUGUCUUUAGGAGUGGUGCAGUGGCCCACACUGGAAUGUCUGAUCCAAAUACGUGCUCAGAAUGGGUUACUUGGUCAGAAUUCUUCAAGAAUAAUACUUUACAUAAGGCAAUUCCUGUGGAUUUCUUGAUCUAUGUUGCGUUGACUAUAUUAUUGGCUUAUCUAGCCUGUGUUAUCACGUUGACCACAAGAAUAACUUCAUACCUCUCUGGAAUUACUUCUAAUGGAAACAUUGUUGGCUCUGAAACUAGAGGAGGGAAGCACACCUCAGAAUCUUCUUUCCACAGCAGCUCUAGUAGUGAUGAUACUUCUGAUCAUAAUGUUCAUGCUAGAGUGAUUUAUACAGCCAGUGGUUCUGGAGUUCCUGAAGUAAAGACCAUCUUAUCAGGGUUCUUCAUUCGUAGGUUCCUAGGUACUUACUCCCUUUUCGCCAAAACAAUCACUUUAAUUUUGGCAAUUGCAUCAGGAAUGGCUUUGGGGAAAGAGGGCCCCUAUGUCCAUUUAGCGACCUGUGUUGGUAACAUCAUGUCAAGAUUUUUCCCCUAUAUAAACAACAACGACCUUAUGAAGAAACAAAUUUUGUCAGCAAGUGCAUCUUCUGGUGUGGCGUUGGCAUUCGGAUCUCCAUUGGGUGGAGUCUUGUUCAUCUUAGAGGAAAUUAACAAUUAUCUCCCUUCACACCAAUUAUUCCUAGUAUUCUUCUGUGCCAUUAUAUCCACAUUAUUUUUGAAAUUCUUAAAUCCAUAUGGAACUGGCAAGACUGUUCUUUUCGAAUUGGAGUAUAAUUCUGAUUGGAAAUCAAUAGAGUUAGUAUUUUUCAUCUUAAUUGGAAUGUGUGGAGGUAUCUUUGGAGCUGCAUUUGUCAAGUUUAUUCAUUGGUGGACCAAAAAUUUCCGCUCUUUAAGUUUCAUAAAGGACAAACCAAUAUUUGAAGUCUGUUGCAUUUCUCUAUUGACGGGUGUAGUCACAUUUUGGAAUCCAUAUACUAAGCAAGCGGCUUCUGAGUUGGUUUUAGAUUUGGCUACUCCCUGUCCUAAAUUUGUGACAGGCACUUUAAAUCUGGCUUUAUGCCCUCAAACGGAAAGUAUGUACAUUCAUGAGCUAAAGUCUUUAAUGUUUGCUUUUAUUACUAAGAUUGUGUUAACUUUUGUUACCUUUGGACUAAAGUUGCCAUGUGGGAUAUACGUCCCAUCGAUGGUUAUUGGAUCUUUAUUUGGUAGAAUUGCUGGGAUGCUUCUUCACUUGAUGAACUACAAGGUUGAUUUGGGUAUUUAUUCUAUGAUUAGUGCAGGUGCAUUUAUGGCUGGAGUCACAAGAAUGAAUAUCACUUUGGUCACCAUUUUGUUCGAGUUGACCAGCUCAUAUACUUACGUGUUACCUAUUGCAAUUGCAAUUGCAGUUGCAAAUUGGAUGGGAAGUAUCCUAGAAACAAAUUCAUUAUACGAGUCUUUGCUUAUUCUGAAUGAUUAUCCUUUUAUGUCUUCUGAAACUGAACCAUUAGAUCCUAUGAUUACUGCUGGUGCUAUUAUCAAUGAAAGUGAUACUUAUAAACUGAUGGGUAAUCGUAUGAUCUUAGAUGAUGAUGACAAUAAUAGAAAUUUCAAAAAAUUAUGGAGUGAACCUGGAACAACGUCUAGUAUGAUGGAGAUGGCAAGAAGUCCGAUUAACUACAUUGAUCCUCUGUCUUCCGCGCGGACUCUCAAUAAACCAUCAAGCGGUGCAACAAGUCCAUUGUUAAACGCUGGAAUGGUGAACUACAAUGAGUACUCCCCAUUAGAUGAUCUCAACAAUAACAAUGAUAACAGAAAGUUGUAUAUUGACGUCACCAACUCUCCAUAUGUUUCUGCUUCUAUCUUACAAUCAAAAUUGGUUUUGCUUGCAGAAAAGUCUCUUUUGGAUGGUUGUAUACCCUUGGUGAUGAACGACAUUUGCGUUGGACUAAUAUUUUUUGCCGAACUAGAGUAUUGCUUAGACAAAUUAGAAACAUUCGUUCAGCAGUACUCUAUUACCGAAGAAAUCUUCUGUAAAUUAUUACCAGAUGAAAAGUUCUACCAGACCAAUGUUCCGAAUGAAAACAUUCAAAUGGUCCUCAGACAUAACCAUUCAGUAGUGACUACUGCUAUACAAAAUCAUUUCGCAGUUGCUCCUAUGGACUAUUUUAGCUACAGAUCAACAGAAAAUCACCCAGAAGAAAAUUUCAAUAACGAUUUUAUUCAAUUAUUUUAUGAACUAAUAGAUCUAACUGACUCUAUUGACACCAAUCCUAUAUUCAUCAACCAAGACUCAGAGUUAACUUUAGCUCAUUUGAUAUUUGACAAAAUUGGUAAUAGAGUCAUUGUACUUCUAAAGGAUGGAAAGUACUAUGGAGUACUACAUAAGAAAGUUUUAAUAGAUUAUUGUCGACAAGAAGAGUCGUCAUGA